GCCUGAGUGCUUUAGACGUGUGGGCACGCGAUGGGGUAAGUCUUAUAUCUCUUCCACCGCGCCCAUAUAGCCCGAGAUCCGUUUCGACGCCUGCGUGAGAUGCUCGCCCGAGACUUCUGGCGAGCCGGCCGUCUUCAUGAGCCUCGUGCUUACCUCUGGCCCCUCCAGGCCCCCGGUCGUUGAGGUUGUCGACUUGACUGAAACGCCGCCACCAUCGCCGCCAUCUUUGGAACACAUCGCAAACGGAAGUCGAAAUGGCACUAGCCAGCCUUUGCUUGAAGCACAGCGCCAACAACAUGGCCGAGUUGCUGCCCAGGAUGAAGGACCGCCGUUCAAAAAGAGACGCGUAGACCUUUCCUGGCCUGAGAAGCAAUCAAUUGCCUGCCAGCAGGUCUCGCCAUACGUCAGCCGUGGCUUGGCGGACCUAUCAUCCUCCGAGUAUAUAAUAGAUGAGAUCGCGAUAAGGGCCGUUUCUAUAUUUGCCAAGGAUCCGGUGUUUAUUUCCCGAUUGGACGAAAACGACUAUACGCUGCCUGCCAACGAUGAGUGGACUGCUAUCAGGGUUAACAUGAUUGUUACCGAGCUAUCCCGGAGACCUGAAUAUCAAGUUACUCCAGCCAAAGAGCCAGCAGCCGCCGAAUGCCAGUUUCUCUCAGUGGAGGAUCCACCGCAAACGCAGGGCGAGGAUGCGCCAGAGGUGCACAUGGCAGAUGUCAAACAGCUGGAGACCCCGAGAACCGACAUAAUCGAAAACAUUACACCUGCAAUACACUGGAGCCGCUGGAAGCCGCUUCCCAAAUGCGGCCCAUCAUCAAACGCCUGGUUUGCUCUUGAACAACGACCUUACCAAUCAGCAUCGGAUCGCGACCUAAUUGCGAAAGGCGCCGGCAGCCUAUAUCGUGACCUACGACGAGAGAUGAAUGGUCCAAUGGUCUACCAUGUGGACUUUAGCUCUGAUGAGGUUCGGCAAAUCAUGGCGUGUAUUUCAACAUAUCUUCCUCCAGAUACCCCUGCUAGUUCUGAAAAUUUGGCGCAGCUAUGUCUUCAGUUUAACGUUCCUUCAAUCGUUGGCACUACGUUGCCUUAUCGAACGGCUGAGGAUAUACGGAAUUAUUGCUCGGAUAUACUUGCGGGCAAGGCGACACCACCUGAUCGAGCCCAAAUUCUGACAAUAGAUCCAAACUCCCAGAACUCUCGACAUCAACAGGAGAGUAGGCGUGCUAGUCGACUAUCAACCUUGCUUCUGGCUCGUGAAAUAGAAGGAAAUCGAGGGUUUGGAUCGAUGCGCCAAUAUGAAAACUUUCAAAACGAGUUUAGAAAGGUCUUUGAGGAUAGCCUAACCUUGGUCGCAGAGUACACAAACUGCGCCGGAGAUAUUGCGACGACCACCUGGAUUCCGGACGGCAACGUUUUAUGUGGCACAACGGUGCACUCCGACAGCCAUAAUCAGCAAUAUAACAAGCCUGGAAACUUGCUCCUUUGUUCGACCAAAUUGGGUCAGCUGAAAGCGUUUCCCGAUCACCGAAUUCCGCGACCGCUGGUUGACAAGGGUGAAAAUUCCACUGUGGCCAUGCGCCAAAGCCAAGAUCCGUGGCUCUACUCAUCAGUUGUGUGCUCAGAUUACGACAACGUUCUCGGCUUGGCAUACACUUCUAGUUUUGACAAAACAGUCAAAGUUUGGAAGGUUGACGAGACUGGUAGCAACAUGACAGCGUUGGCCACAUGGCAUUUUGAGGGCAACGUCAACUUUGUUGCCGCGGCCAAGGAUGGCUCUGGACGGGUUGCUACUGCGGCCGACACCCCAACCGAGGCUGUUCGAGUAUAUACUGUCAAUAUGAACGACAUUGCUAAUAGCUCCUACGUCUCCUUUUCUUGCACGCGUACCGAUGCCGACGACUCUGACAAGUGGGCAUAUUAUCCUGCAACUAUGCAAUGGGGCCGCUGCUCGAGGAGCAAGCAUCUGCUGGCUGUAGGAUACUCUCCUCGCAGCUUUUCUGGAGAAGACCUUGAUAUCCCAGAAGAUAAGCGGAACUCGGGAGAGAUCACUCUAUGGGACGCAGCUGCGAGCCAGCGAGUCACUGUCUUGACGGCGACAACGGCCAACUUUUUCGAGGUGGUUUGGCAUCCUACAUUGCCGAGAUUCAUCGCAGCAACUUCGCCCUCACAGUUGAAAGUGGCGCCUGGCGUGCGGACACAGAUUCAUCUGUUUAGAAAACAGGAUGCCGCCUAUGCUGAAUAUCACAACCUUGACUGCUUUGCGGCAGAUAUUAACGAACUGACAUUUAUGCCAAACUCGUCGAGGCAUGCAUAUGUUACUGCAGCGUGCACAGAUGGUAAAGUGUACGUGUGGGACACAGCUCAAGGGGACAAACCUGUGCACAUAUUACAGCACGGCCGUCCCUUGGAUGAGUAUUACGAAGACCGAGAGAAGGAAGAUACCGGAGUUAAAUUUACAGCUUGGGGAAAUAAUUUGGAUCGAUUCUACACAGGCGGCAGCGAUGGUACCGUCAGGGUGUGGAAUGUGCGUAACAAACGCAAGCCAUACUUGCGAACCCUUUUAGAAGCCCCUGGUCCUAUUUCUUGUGGCUCUUUCUCUCCCGACUUGCGGAAAUUAGUCGUUGGAGAUGCUACGGGCCGGGUGUUUUUGUUUUCUAUAGACAAGGAAGACGAGCCAGAAUCACAUUUCAUUACGAUCCCGGGUGUAGAUCGCCAGCUUCGACGCCCUACACCAUUUAUACCCCACCCCGAGCCAGAACCUCCAGCCCGGAACCCAGGAGGACCGGAAGAUGUGUAUGAUGACGACGAAGACGUGCAUAUCGCUGAUUUGGUGAAGCGUACCUACCUAGACACAAAUCAGAUUGUGAUCAACCCUAAUCCUACCAUUGGCGCCGUACAAGGGCCAGAAUAUGCCUCAACGGGACUCUUCCGCCGAGAGGCACACUUGAAUGAAGAUCCAGCAGGCCAUUUACUCAGUUAUUUUGAAAGAAAUCAAAGGCAGAGCAUCGAAGCAAGCCGCGGCGGGUUUGCCCGCUCAGUACGCAGACUUCGAAGCCCGGGAGAAGUAGAUCCCCUAAUGCAAAUUCUACACUAUACAAAUAAGGCGCGGGAACUGGAUAUAGAAGCCAUUUUGGCAGACGACCUCGCGGAUUUACUAGCAAGCAAGGCGGAGUUAUCGAUGAGCGAAGUGGAUUGCGGGUUUGUAUAUGAGGAAUUGCCAGAUGAAGAAGGAGAAGAAGAAGAAGAAAUGGGGGAUGAGAUGAAUGAUGACUCCAAUGCAAUGCAAUGGGCUGCGAGCGGAUAGACUUGCGGAUACCAAAACGCUGUAGCAUAUACAGAUGGCGCAUAUGUACAUCCAAGAUUAGUUAACACGCUGCCCGUUAGAUGGGCUAUUUAGAGAAUAUGGUACAUGCAAGAAGCCCC